GGUGCCACAAGGACUCCUGUUCUUCUUUUUGCGGAAGCAGGGUUUGUUUGCGUCGCUACGCCGGGCUCCCGCAGACAUGCAGCAGCAGGAGAGCAAACAGCAGUUGAUGGACCCGGAGAGGCAGUUGUUGGAGCAGCAGCAGGAGAGCAAACAGCAGUUGUUGGAGCAGCAGCAGGAGAGCAGGGAGCAGUUGGAGCUGCGGGAGCGGCAGUUGAUGGAGCGGGAGCGGCAGUUGUUGGAGCAGCAGCAGGAGAGCAGGGAGCAGUUGGAGCUGCGGGAGCGGCAGUUGAUGGACCGGGAGAGGCAGUUGUUGGAGCAGCAGCAGGAGAGCAGGGAGCAGUUGGAGCUCCGGGAGCAGCAGUUGAUGGAGCAGGAGGGGCAGUUGUUGGAGCAGCAGCAGGAGAGCAGGGAGCAGUUGGAGUUGCGGGAGCGGCAGUUGAUGGAGCGGGAGAGGCAGUUGUUGGCACAGCAGCAGGAGAGCAGACGGCAGUUGAUGGAGCGGGAGAGGCAGUUGAUGCAGCAGCAAGAGAGCAGGCGGCAGUUGGAGCGCCAGUUGCAGCAGCAGGAGAGAAGGCGGCAGUUGGAGCGGCAGUUUGAACAGCAGCAGGAGAGCAGGUGGCAGUUGAAGCGGCAGCGGCUGUGGGAGCAGCAGCAGGAGAGCAGGCGGCAGUUGGAGCGGCAGGUCGGGCUCCUGUUUUUCGGGGCAAGGCCGGAGAGGGCGCGGCUCUCGGCACUCCCGUUUUCCCCGGACAGGCCACAGUCGGCGCCUCCGUCUCUCCCGGCCCCACUGGACCUGAACCCGCUCCCGGACGAGCUCCUGGCGCAGAUCCUGAGCUGGGUCCCGGGCCGCGCCCUGGUGACCCGCUGCCGGCUGGUGUGUCGCCGCUGGCGGGACCUCAUCGACGGGCCCACGGUCUGGCGGCUGCAGGGCGAGAGGCGCCCGGGCUUGGGGGCCAUCCUAGCGGCCGCCCGCCUCUGCCCCUCACCGCAGUGGAGCCGGAUCGGCCUCCUGGAGCCCUUCGGCCGCAACCUGGUCCGGAACCCCUGCGGGCAGGAUCAGUUCUCUCACUGGCAGGUGGAGCAUGGGGGCGAUGGCUGGAAGGUGGAAGAGAACCGCUGCCCGGUCGAGGGCGCCCCGGCCCAGACCUGCUUUGUCUCAUCCUAUCACUGGUGCGUCAAAUCGCAGCUCAUAGAUCUUCUAGAGGAGGGGUUGUGGGAAGAACUGCUGGAUACCUACCAACCGGAAAUCUACAUCUCCGAUUGGUGGGGCACCCGGUGUGGCUGUGAAUACUCCAUCUGCGUCAAGCUCCUGGCUGCCAACAGAAGUACUGUAAUCGCUGAAUUCCAGGCCAGCCCCGAUGGUUUACAACAGUCAAAUGACUCACAGUAUCACCAGGUGUCCUACCGGUUCAGGCAGUACGGGCGCGGCGUCCGGUAUGUGCAUUUCCUCCACAGAGGGAAGGACACUCAUUUCAGGCUUGGACGCUACGGCGCACAGAUCACCAACUCCACAGUCAUGGUGAAGCUCAACUGAGAGCCAGGAGUGGGUCUCCACGAAUCUCUCACGCGAGCCGGAAUGAUGAUCCCCAUUUGCCUCUGCGAGCUCCUCUCCCGUCCGAGAACAAAUCAGGGGGAUGCGUCUCAUUGAAAUUAAUACGCCCCUUUGCCUGAGGAGCGUCUUCGGUCCGUUCUUUCUGGCCAGCCUCGUUCUGCGCAGGACCAAAGAGCACCGGGGUGAAUCUUUAGGUUCCUAGUGCCUGACUUCGGUCAGUGUGACCCUGCCCCUGCACGGCAGAAGCAACAAGUCUUUAAAGAUGGAAACAACUGGGCUUGUGCCUCUAUUUGGGAUUGUGUCAUCAGGGCAUGAAAGGGUUAAAAAUAGUUGUUUGGGGUGGGUUUUUUUAACCACCACAAUGAGGAUGUGAUGGGUUGGAUCACAGAAACCCCCCUGGGGCUGCCAACUGAUGUGCCGAGACUACUUCUGC